CUCAGGUGAGGAGUGAUCAUUCGCGCGGUGUUCGUUGUUGUUGCCACUGCCACCAUGAUUAGCGUGAGGUUCUCAUUGGUUGUUGUCGCAGCCUUCUCAAUAGCAUCUGUGCAUUCCGCAGUCGUUGACGCUGACUUCACAACCAACCAAACGAACAGUACAGGCUGCGUCUUGGCAGAAGAAUCCAGUGACAAAUUCCCAGGUGAUAUAUUCACGAACGAUCAGAGACGACAUGGCGGUUUCUUGUUUCACGUCUUCGUUGCCUUCUACUGCUUCAUAGUCAUUGCUUUUGUUUGUAACGACUAUUUCCUACCAACCGUCGACUGCAUUUGUCAAGACCUGAACCUGAGCCAAGAUGUGGCAGGAGCCACGUUCAUGGCACUCGCCACCUGUACACCUGAGCUGUUCGCCAACCUGAUCGGUACCUUCGUGACCCAGUCUGACCUGGGUGUGGGCGCGGUGGUUGGUAGUGCGGUGUUCAACACACUAGGAGUCCCAGCUUGCGGGGGUAUAGCUGCCGCAAUGGUCAUCAAGCUUAAAGUGUACCCCCUGGCCCGGGACUGCGGUAUCUAUAUGGUCGUACUGGCAGUGUUAGCCAUCAUGUUGUGGGACGAGCACAUCUACUGGUAUGAGUCCCUCAUACUUUUAGUCCUCUACUUCGUCUACGGCAUCAUCAUGUUUUGUGACAGGAAAAUGUCCAAGGCGGCCAAGAAGGUUUUGAAGAAAGCCAACUCUUUUGACAGUUCAAAAUCAAUAAAAUCAGCAAGAUCUGACGUGCGAGACGGUGCGGGAGAUGGAGUCUACCGCCCAACCCAUUUUCAGAGCGAUCAGUUGUUCAGUUCUAUUCAGCGAGCACGUAGAUUAUCCAGCUUAAGAGAGGUGAAUCGUCCCAAAGUCGAUGAAAGUGGAAAUGGCAACGUGGAAGCUAAUGAGCCAGAGAAGGAGAAGCUCUGUGUAAAGCCUGACGGUGUGAUGAGCAUGUGCUGGUGGGUAUUCACGCUUCCGGUUGAGAUUGCACUCUGGUUGACAGUACCCGACUGCAAGGUUCGCAGGAAAUUAUACCCAUUCACGUUCUGCAUGUGCAUUGUUUGGAUCGGACUAUCGUCUUACGUUGUCUCUUGGAUGGUAGCUUUAGUUGGUACCACUUUUACAAUAAGUGAUUCUGUAAUGGGCAUAACGUUUCUGGCCAUGGGAGGUAGCAUGCCUGAAGCCUGCUCCAGCGUCAUCAAUGCACGAUUAGGAAUAGCAUCAAUGAGCAUCAGCAACGCUCUGGGGGCAAACACCCUGGACAUCCUCCUGUGCCUUGGGCUACCUUGGAUGAUCAAGACGAUCCUCCCUGCUUCCCUCGGAGGCGGGCCCAUCAAGAUACAGUCUGCCGGUCUAGUUUAUAACACUGCCGCCCAAAUUGCUUGUGUCGCAAUUCUGUUUAUAGCAGCAGCACUAAACCGUUUUUACUUUAAUAGGAUUCUAGGGUUUAUUUGUUUAUUUAUGUAUCUCACAUUAAUUGGUAUCAUUAUUGUCAUUGAAACAAAUCUUUUUGGCUGGACGUCUGAUUCAAAGACGUCUUGUAGCUGAUAAAUUUAGUUUUUAUUAUAUUUUUAUAUAAAGUA